AUGUGUGGAAUCUUCGCGUGUCAUCAUCACCCCGAUGUGCAAAAGUUCAAGCCCACGGCUUUGCGCAUGGCCAAGGCUGUGCGCCACCGUGGUCCCGAUUGGAGUGGAAGCUUCAUUGGCGACCAGACUAUCCUGGCACAUGAGCGUCUGUGCAUCGUCGGUGUCGACUCCGGUGCCCAGCCCCUCGUUAACGAUGACUCCUCCCUCGCCCUCGCCGUCAACGGUGAGAUCUACAACCACCGUAUCCUGCGGAAGGGUUUGAAGACCAAGUACAACUUUAAGACUCACUCAGAUUGUGAGGUGAUCCUUCCAUUGUAUAUCGAGCACGGCCUCGAUGCGCCUAAGCACCUCGAUGGUAUGUUCUCCUUUGUCCUUUGGGAUAAGAAGGAGGAUCGUGUCAUCGCUGCCCGUGACCCCAUUGGCAUCAUCAGUUUCUAUCUGGGUCGCUCCUCGCAGACUCCCGGCGCUGUUUACUUCGCUUCUGAGCUCAAGUCUCUGCACCCCAUCUGUGACGAGAUCGUUGCCUUCCCUCCAGGACACAUCUACGACUCCAAGACCGACAAAAUGACCCGCUACUUCCAGCCCAAGUGGUGGGAUCCCACUAACGUUCCCUCCACCCCCGUCGAUUAUAAGGUGCUCCGCCACACUCUGGAGAAGUCUGUCCGCAAGCGUCUGAUGGCCGAGGUGCCCUAUGGUGUUCUGUUGUCUGGCGGGUUGGACUCCAGUCUGGUGGCCUCUAUCGCUCAGCGCGAGACUCUGCGUAUGCAAGAAGCUGCCCGUGCGGCCGCAAAGACUGAGGCCGCGUCCUCCGACCUGGUCGGCAUUGAUGAUGAGAACGAGCUUUCGACUGUGACCACUUUCCAGCAGCUCCACUCGUUCUCUAUCGGUCUUCCUGGCGCCCCCGAUACCGCGGCUGCGCUCGAGGUGGCCAAGUUCCUGGGCACCAAGCACCAUGCUUUUACUUUCACCGUUGAGGACGGCCUGAACGCACUCUCCGACGUCAUCUACCACCUUGAGACCUACGAUGUGACCACCAUCCGUGCCUCAACACCGAUGUACCUGCUGUCCCGUAAGAUCAAGGCUAUGGGUGUCAAGAUGGUUCUGAGUGGUGAGGGUAGCGACGAGAUCUUCGGUGGCUACCUUUACUUCCACGCUGCCCCCAACCGGGAGGAGUUCCACACUGAGACCGUCCGCCGUGUGAAGAACCUGCACUUGGCUGAUUGUCUGCGUGCUAACAAGUCGACGCUGGCCUGGGGUCUGGAGGCCCGUGUGCCUUUCCUCGACAAGGAGUUCCUUGAGACCUCCAUGGGCGUGGAUCCCGCGGAUAAGAUGAUCACCAAGGACCGCAUUGAGAAGUACAUCCUGCGCAAGGCCUUUGACACCUCCGACGAGCCUGAUAAGGAGCAGUUUAGCGAUGGUGUCGGCUACAGCUGGAUUGACGGCCUGAAGGACCACGCUGAGAGCCAAGUCACUGAUGAGAUGAUGAAGAACCCCAAGCCUGAAUGGGGCACCGAUAUCCCGGAUACCAAGGAGGCUUACUGGUACCGUGUUAUGUUCGACGAGCACUUCCCUCCCCACUGUGCUGGGACCGUUGAGCGCUGGACCCCUACCUGGUCCAAGCAGACCGAUCCCAGUGGCCGUGCUAUUGCCACCCACAACGCGAAGUAUGAUUCUGCCGAGUAA